CUGUGUACUAUUUUAGACAUACUGUACUGUAGCUAAACACUACAGACGACAUCCGACACGUCGACAUCUAUUCAGCUAGCCUCGGUGAAGUUACACAUUUAUUAGCCAUAUAGUUAGCUGCAUAAAUAAAUGACCUGUAGUGUGUAUUAGCAUUGAGCUACGUUAGUUAGCAUUAGCACUUGGCUUGUCGCAGUUUUGUUGUUUACAUCCGGUAAUGCAGCUCUGUUGGCUAAUUUGCAUGGCUGUUGUUAAUUGAGAUCUGGGCAGCAGACCUGCCGGGGCUGUGUGAAUUUAUGGAAACAUGUCGAAGAAACGGGGCAGGAAGCGUAGCAGUGGAGAGCUGAGUGAGAGCUCGGCGUCAACCCUGAGCCCAGACCCUGACAACCUGCUGGGCCGCAGGAUCCAGCACACCUGGAGGGAGAAGGGCAACGUGACCAAGUGGAAAGGCACUGUUCUGGAGCGCUUGACUGUCAACAGCUCCCUCUACAUGGUCAAAUAUGACGGUUUUGACUGCGUUUAUGGCAUCGAGCUCUUCAAAGACACCCGGGUGUCCAACCUGCAGGUGUUGUCAGAGAAAGUUGUGAAUAAUAAGAUCAAGGUGCCUCCCGGGGCAGAGGAGCUGGUGGGCCGAGCUGUGGAGCAUCUGUUCGAAAAGGAGGACGGUGAGAAGAACGAGUGGCGAGGCAUGGUGCUCUCUCGAGCCCCCAUUAUGACCCACUGGUAUUACAUCACCUACGAGAAGGACCCGGUGCUGUACAUGUACCAGCUGUGGGACGAUUAUAAGGACGGAGAUCUACGUGUCCUGCCGGAGUCAGAGAACAAACACCUGCUGCCGGCAGACAGGAAGCCUGGUGAGGAGCCAGAGAGCCUUGUGGGUAAACAGGUGGAGUACGUCACAGAUAAUGGCCUAAAGAGGACGGGCUUGGUCAUCUAUCAGGUCCCAGCAAAGCCCACAGUAUACUACAUCAAAUAUGACGAUGAUGUUCACAUCCACGUCUACGACCUGGUGAAGACCACCUAGUACUGACUGUCUGGUUUCAUCAUCUUCAGCUGACGACUUAUCUUUGUCCCAACCAGUCGUUACCUGUUUAAGUGUUAGAGAUUUCAGUUCUUCUCCCAUUGGGAGGCAAUGUGCCGAAGAUUCACCCCAUCCCGUUUAUUUUUUUAGCCUCCGCAGGCUUCUGUCAUUCUCACAAUACAAAACAUCUUGAUCUUGGAUUUUCAAUUUUAAGAUUUUAUGUUGACCUUUAUGUAUGACUAAUAGGUCCUCUUCAGUGUAAAUAAAGCAGGUCUGAGACCGGUUGUAUAGCCCAGCAGAUGAAAUGGAGCUAGACGUUUGUUUUGGUUAAAUCAUAUUAAAUCACACUUGUAUAGUGCAACAUUCAAACUCCAAAUUCAUACUUUUUGUAAGCAACACAUCAAACUAAAAAAAAAAAACAGCUUUCUUACCUAUAGAUCUGUGUUUUACUCAUCAUUUCACAUUCAUGUACCUGUGCUAUUUAUUUCAUCUGGAAUAUCUGGCUGUGCUGCUGGUAAUAUUCUGCCAAAACUCAUCUGCUGUGCUUUCUGUGUGUCACUGGGUAGGCCUCAGUUUGUUGAAUAUAGAAGUAAUAUUCAUUUGACCAGUGUGGUAAUUUUACCAUCGCACCCAACUCCUGAUUUCAAUUGAAGUGUAUAGGCACCGAUGAGACUCGACCGUGUCUCGAAUCAUGGAUAUAAAACACAGAUUAAUCUAAAACAUCAUGUAUCAUAUUUCUGUUUUGUUUUUUACAUAAUAAUAUAUAAAAAAUACUGAUGUUGAUGUCAAGUUGUUUCAGUGGUGUUUGUGCUACACACUAUUUAUGUAGUUCAAAUUGGCCACCAACAUUGUUUAAUAUUUUCGACUGAAAUCUUUAUUAUUUGCCAAAAAUGAAUGAUGUGGUAUGAUAUAUUCAGGCCUCAAAAAAUCGUUCCUUGUGACCCUAAAUAUGUUUUGUUCUGUAAAUAUAACCUUGAGACAUUUUUAUGAACGUUAAAACAAAGCUGCUUGAAAAUGA